GGGAAAAAUACCGAAUGCAGGACGAGGUUGGAGGAUGGCUAACGUCCUUCCAGCCCCACUUACUCACCGUGGCAGCGGCGACACUUCAGUCUAAGCUCCGCAGGGGUCGAAAGCCCAGGGCCAGGGCUGCCCCGCUCGGGGUGAGGGGCGCCGGGGGGGCCGAGGGGGCCGGAGGCCGGGACGAGUGCAAUAUUGGUGGGCAAAGAACAACACUGCACCGCGUCCCGUCCCUCCCGCCCGCCCGGGGCCCCGGAAUCCCGCUCCCUACCACCUGGGCCUUUGGAGCCCAGGGACUGGGGGCGCUCUGGGGAGCUGGGGUCACCUUAGAGGUACACCAGAGCCUGGGCGCCCGGAAGGGUGAAAGGGAGGGCGAGGGGGAAAGGGGGAAGAGAGAAGGGGAGCCCCCGUGCCCUGGAAGGCCACUUUCCGACGCCGAAGCAGUGCGCGCGCUUGCUCUUUAAAUACUCAGACUGAGAGGCGCGGAGCUAUUACCAUGGUGACCCGUGUCCCAGCAACCGAAUUGAAUGGCUGUUGCCUAGCAAUCCCAGGAGUUGAGGUUUGGUGCCGCCCACCUAAACACUUGUAGGCAGGCUGACGUAGGGCGUCCCCACUCCGCCAGGAGCCGGCCUCACUAAGUCGCUCCGAGGCGCGACACACGGCGGGAGCGUGGUUUGCACGCCUUGGUUCAUGCACCUCUGAAAUGUUUCUAAAGUAUUAGCUUCCGUUUUGUAUUCCUUGGGACUAAGAAUUGUUUGUCUACUGUAGUUGUAACUGCUCCUGCUGGUUUACUCUGCAACCUACACCUGCAGGAUCUGGCCUGGUACCCUCAGUCCACAUGCUGCUGUGAACCCAAAGCCCCCCCCCCCCCCCCCCCGGUGCCCAGCUAUUUCUGCCCUUCAGAAUAUCUCUCGGUUCUCCCUAAAUACACAUACAUGAGUUUGCCCUGCACCACGUGCCUGUCCGCCCCAAAUAUCGUUCCUCUCCCAAAUACAGCUCUGUGCUCCCAAAUUCCAUGGUCGCCCCACCUACUCUCUGCCUCCUAAAUACCUAGCUGACUGCACACAACCUGUCCCACUCCCCCUCCCACAUUCCGAUGUCCUCCUCACACAAUUUAAUGCCCCCCUUCCACGUACCUUGGGGCCCCGCCCACUUAGCAUCAUUCCCCUCCCCCCCAGACACCAUCCCCAGAAGUCUGAGUAACCCAAGUACUACUGAUCCUUGCUCCUCCACCGCACUGUGCAUUCCUUCCUAUCUGUCCUGGGCAUUGAUCCCUUUCGUCAAGGCCCAACCAACUUCCCUAAGAUCUCAGUCUCAACUUGGACUGUGCUAUCAAACCUCCCCACUCGGCCCGUGUGGGUCGGCCGCGCGACGCUCCCGGUGACCACUAGAGGGCAGGCGUUCCUGGCCAGAAGGACCGGCCAGCCUGCCACUCAAAGUGGAAAGUUGGGUAGGAAGAACCUUAGGCUUCGGUAGAGCCCAAGUUUCGUCCUUUUUAAGUGGAAAUUUCCCCCCACCGCCUUUCUCGGGAGCAAGCCAAAGAGGGACCCAGGCUACUGGAAAGUCUGGCAGGGGCGGAGACUGUGGUUUUCAGAGUACAGGGAGCGGUUAGAAGGGUGGGGCUAUUCCGGGAAGUGGGGGGGGGGGGGGUGGCUGAAACUAGUGACCUGUCCGCUAUUAUCCAACCCCCUUGUGUCCUCUCAACCUAUGGAAAGCGGUUUCAAGGACCUUCAGAGAGAAUAGGGAAAGGGAUUGGGGGAUCUAGGGAUGGACUUUCCCCGGGCUCCUUGUCCAGGGCCUUUCUGCGCUCCAUUUCCUCACCUUAGCUGUUGCUCUGGGGCUAAAACCAGAGCCAGGGGGCCCCAGGUUUCCUCCACAUACACGCCUGGGGAAGUCAAGGAGUGGUUGGUAAAAAGGGGAGGCCAAUUGGAGAAUAAACAGGUUGUCAUGAGGUUGAGUGAUUGGAGCCCAAGUACCCUACACAGGAAUGACUGGGGAGGAGGAGGAAAAGCUAGGGGAGGGGGCGGAGUUUUGCUACCUGUCACCUGCUCUAGCUGUGCCUAGGGCGGGAGGGGUACUGGUAUAAAGCAGCGGGCACCAGAGCUGCACCGCGCACACGCAGCACCCGAGUCCAUCUCUGCCCCCUUUCCCGCCUGUUCACUGCCACCAUGACUCCAGGCAUCCGGGCUCCUUUCUUCCUGAUGCUGCUUCUAGCAAUUGUACCAGAUAAACACAGAGUCGCCUUAUCUCAGGACAACAAGAGUUUCUCAACCUUGACUACCACGCCAGCCUCUGCCCCAGCCACCAGCUCUACAGUGGACUCAGCCACCACUCCGGUCCACACUGGUGUCUCUACCCCAGCUGAUAACUCUACAGUGGACUCGGCCACCACUCCGGUCCACACUAGUUCCUCAGCCCCAGCCACCAGCUCUGCAGUGGACUCGGCCACCACUCUGGUCCACACUGGUUCCUCAGCCCCAGCCACCAGCUCUACAGUGGACUCAGCCACCACUCCGGUCCACACUGGUUCCUCAGCCCCAACCACCAGCUCUACAGUGGACUCGGCCACCACUCCGGUCCACACUAGUUCCUCAGCCCCAGUCACCAGCUCUACAGUGGACUCAUCCGCCACUCCGGUCCACACUGGUGCCUCAGCCCCAGCCACCAGCUCUACAGUGGACUCGGCCACCACUCCGGUCCACACUGGUGCCUCAGCCCCAGCCACCAGCUCUACAGUGGACUCGGCCACCACUCCCGUCCACACUGGUUCCUCUGCCCCAGCCACCAGCUCUACAGUGGACUCAGCUACAACUCCAGUCCACACUGGUUCCUCAGCCCCAGUCACCAGCUCUACAGUGGACUCGGCCACCACUCCGGUCCACACUGGUUCCUCUGCCCCAGCCACCAGCUCUACAGUGGACUCAGCUACAACUCCAGUCCACACUGGUUCCUCAGCCCCAGCCACCAGCUCUACAGUGGACUCAGCCACCACUCCGGUCCACACUGGUUCAUCCAUCCAAACCACCAAGGCUAUAUCAGGCUCAGCUACCACUCCAAUCCACAAUGACUCCUUGGUCCCAAUGACCAGCUCUACAUUGGGCUUAGUCACUAGUCCAGCCCACAGUAGUUCCUCAUCUACAACUAAUAGCUCUGAAUCAGACUUGGCCACCACUCCAGUGUACAGUGGCACCUCUGUCUCUACUACCAAGGCUACUUCAGUCCACAAUGGCUCCUCGGUGCCAACUACCAGCUCUGUGUUGGGCUCACUCACCACUCCAAUCCACAAUAACAUCUCUACAAUGGCUACUACAACUCCAGUUGGCAAUGGCACUCAAUCUUCAGGCCCAAGCCAGCCCCCCGUUACUUCCACCACCCUCGCCAUCUCCAGGAACGGCACUAUUGCCUAUAGUACUUACUAUAGCACAGUACUUUUCCCUACCCCCUCCAGUGAUAGUUCUCCCCAGGUGUCUGUUGGGGUCUCUUUCUUCUUGUUGUCUUUCCACAUUUGGAACCAACAGUUUAAUUCCUCCCUGGAAGAUCCCAGCUCCAACUACUAUCAAGAACUGAAGAGGAACAUUUCUGGAUUGUUUCUGCAGAUUUUUAACCAAGGUUUUCUGGGGAUCUCUACCAUCCAGUUCAGACCAGGCUCGGUGGCGGUAGAAUCGACUGUGAUUUUCCGGGAGGGUGCUGUCAGUGCCUCUGAGGUGAAGUCGCAGCUUUUACAGCAUGAAAAGGAGGCAGGAGACUAUAAUCUGGCUAUUUCAAAAGUCAAUGUGAAUGAGAUGCAGUUCCCUCCUUCUGCCCAGUCUUGGCCUGGCGUACCAGGCUGGGGUAUUGCCCUGCUGGUGCUGGUCUGUAUCUUGGUUGCUUUGGCCAUUACCUAUCUCAUUGCACUGGCAGUGUGUCAGUGCCGCCGAAAGAACUAUGGGCAUCUGGACAUCUUUCCCACCCAGGACACCUACCAUCCUAUGAGUGAAUAUCCCACCUACCACACUCAUGGACGCUAUGUGCCGCCUGGCAGUACCAAACGUAACCCCUAUGAGGUUUCUGCAGGUAAUGGGGGCAGCAGCCUGUCUUACAGCAACCCGGCAGUGGCAACCACGUCCGCCAACUUGUAGGGGCAAGUCACCAGCUCGGGGACAGGACGGCGGUGGCGGCCAUCUGCUCCCCGUUUUCACUGCCAGACCCCUGCACUCUGAUCUGGGCUGGUGAGCCGGAGUUCUGGUGGGCAGCUCACAGCCUUCCUGAGACUCUGUCGAGUGUCUCAACCAUCUUAGUCUGGUGAAGCCCAGCCCUGCCCCGGGGGAUACCCUGGGGCAGCGAUGCAGCAGUGGGUCUCAGAAGGACUGGCCUAGAAACCCUGGAGAUGGGGAUGGAAACCCAAGCAUGGCUGAAUAAAAGGUGGCGCCCAGUUA